UCCUGCAUUGUCUCCUCUUCUCCAUCCAGCGCAGCAGAACUCCUCCAUCAUGGCUACCAUGUACUCCACCCUCUCUACCUCAUACUCCGGCAGGAGCCAUCUGGGCUACAUGAAGCCACCCAGCGUGUACGGUGGUGCUGGAGGCUCUGGGGUCCGGAUCUCCAGCAGCACUGCUUCCAGAAGCUUUGCUUCAGGUGGUGGAGCAGGCUUUGGCUCUGGUGGCGGUGCUGGCUUCGCCUCUGGUGGCGGUGCUGGCUUCGCCUCUGGUGGAGGCUUCAACCUGUCCGACGGUCUAGACAUCUCUGAGAACAAGAAGGCUGCCAUGCAGAACCUGAACGACCGCCUGGCCUCGUACCUGGAGAAGGUCCGCAGCCUGGAGACUGCCAACGCUGAGCUGGAGAGAAAGAUCAGGGAAUUCCUGGAGAAGAAGGCCAAACCUGAGAGCCAGGACUACUCUAGAUUCCUGGCAAUCAUCAGCGACCUGCAGGAUCAGAUCAUCAGCGCCACCUGCACAAACGGAUCUCUGCACCUGGCCAUCGAAAACGCCAAGCUAGCUGCCGAUGACUUCAGGGUCAAGUACGAGAAUGAGCUGGCCAUGCGAAUGAGUGUGGAGGGCGACAUUGCCAGCCUGAAGAAGCUCCUAGAUGAACUGACCUUGUCCAGAUCCGACGUGGAGAUGCAGAUUGAGUCCCUGAGGGAAGAGCUUAUCUAUUUUAAGAAGAACCACGAGGAGGACCUGCUGGCUAGGAGAACCCAAGUAGGCGGUCAGGUCAAUGUGGAGGUGGAAGCCGCGCCCCAGCAGGAUCUGACUGCCAUCAUGGCCGAAAUCAGAGAACACUACGAGAGUAUUGCCAACAAGAACCGCAAAGACCUAGAGACCUGGUUCCAGGCCAAGUCUGAGGAGCUAAGCAAAGAAGUCUCAGUGAGCACAGAGACGCUCAAAUCAUCUCGCUCUGAAGUCACAGAAGUCAAACGCACGCUACAGAGUCUGGAGAUUGAGCUCCAGUCACAGCUCAGCAUGAAAGCAUCUCUGGAGGUAACGCUGGCAGAAACACAGAACAGGUAUGCCAACAUGUUGGCAGGCUAUCAGAGCCAGGUGUCUAUUCUGGAGGAGCAGCUGAUCCAGCUGAGGACCGACCUGGAGAGGCAAAGACAGGAGUACCAGGUGCUGCUGGACAUGAAGACCAGGCUGGAGAUGGAGAUCGCAGAAUACAGGCGGCUGCUGGAUGGAGAGGCAUCAGGCUUGUUUUCCUCCUCCUCCUCCUCCUCUACAAUAACCACAACUCGGAAGGUGGUGAUCUCAGAGAACGGAAAGGUCACAACUGAAUCUAAGGAGUUGUCAUAAGAAGUUAGACACCAGCAGUUCUCACCAAUAAAACACUACUGAUGAAUA